UCUCUCUCUCCGUGUCCGAGUGUCAGCAUGGCGGCCGUGGAGAUCAGGGAGUGUGAAACAGACGGCUGCAGUAGCGAGGCCAAACUGCAGUGUCCGACCUGCAUCAAGCUAGGAAUCCAGGGGUCAUACUUCUGCUCCCAGGAGUGUUUCAAAGGGAGCUGGGCCACCCACAAGCUGCUACACAAGAAAGCAAAGGAAGACAAAAACAAGGAUGAGACAAAGAACUGUGUUGAGAAUGACACCAACACAGACCCAUGGCCUGGCUAUCGAUACACAGGAAAGUUGCGACCACACUACCCUCUGACCCCCAUGCGGCCCGUUCCCGAAAACAUCCAGAGACCGGACUAUGCGGAACACCCGCUAGGGAUGUCGGAGUCUGAGCAGUCUUUAAAGGGCACUUCCCAGAUUAAGAUCCUCUCCCCUGAAGAAAUUGAAGGCAUGAGAGUUGUGUGCAAGCUGGCCCGAGAAGUGCUCGACAUCGCCGCCCUGAUGGUGAAACCCGGCGUGACAACAGAGGAGAUCGACCACGCUGUGCACCUGGCCUGCACAGCACGGAACUGCUACCCCUCCCCCCUCAACUACUACAACUUCCCCAAGUCCUGCUGUACGUCGGUCAACGAGGUCAUCUGCCACGGCAUUCCUGACAGGCGUCCCCUGCAGGAGGGAGACAUCCUCAACGUGGACAUCACCGUGUAUCGCAACGGUUACCAUGGAGACCUCAACGAAACCUUCUUCGUCGGGGAGGUGGACGAAGGAGCCAAAAAGCUGGUCCAGACGACCUACGAAUGCCUCAUGCAGUCCAUCGACUCGGUGAAACCAGGCGUUCGAUACCGGGAGCUGGGAAACAUCAUCCAGAAGCACGCCCAGGCUAACGGCUUCUCUGUGGUGCGCAGCUACUGCGGCCAUGGCAUCCACAAGCUCUUCCACACCGCCCCCAAUGUGCCGCAUUAUGCCAAAAAUAAAGCUGUGGGAGUGAUGAAGCCUGGCCACGUGUUCACCAUAGAGCCCAUGAUUUGUGAGGGUGGCUGGCAGGACGAGACGUGGCCGGACGGCUGGACGGCGGUUACCCGCGAUGGGAAGCGUUCGGCGCAGUUUGAGCACACCCUGCUGGUGACGGAGACGGGCUGUGAGAUCCUGACGCGGCGCCUGGAGGACAGCGGGCGACCCCACUUCAUGAGCCAGAUCUAGAGCUAGAGCGGAGCGCGGUGGCCCAAACGGUGCCCCCACCACAACCACCCACACACCCGGGACUGUGACAGAGCACUGUUUACACCCCCCCCCCCCCCACGCCCCAAAAAAACACUGCAGCAGCCCAUGGGACUCCACCCGGGACCCCCCACCCUACCCUCGUAAACUUGUCCUCCAGCUGGGCCUUACUCUUUCAAGAAUUUUUUGUCACUUUUCGAUUUUACGAGAGUACUUGAAUACAUCUGAAAUCAAAGUUAACCGUGUGGGAUACUUCAGUUUGAAGGGUCACCAUUUUUGUUUUGUUUUUUUUUUUAAUGUCCGCAGAUCUCAUUUAAGAUAAAAAUUGCUAUUUAAAAAAAUAUGAUGAUGAUGGUGAUAGCUUAUUUAUGGGGUGUGCUGUUUGGCACGCUGGCAUUUCGAUGUAUUAAAUUUGUACUCCUUGCCACUAAGCCUGGGUUCCGUAGACGUGACCGCGCAAGGGUGCUUAACUGUAGAAUGUACUGUUAGAAUAUACACUGAGCUGUGAGGCGUCUGCUCACUGCGCCCCUCAGGGGAGCGGUUGUGGAUCCACGUUGCUUUAGCAGCAGAAACGCCAUUAGGUCGUUCUGAGCUGGUGGUCUGCCGUAGUUCCAGAGACGCUCUUUUAAACCGCUGUCCUUUCCGCUGAAACGCAGUGUAGCACGUUCAGCCUUACCCUGUGUGAGCCAGUGGAGAAACACACAGGCCCGCUGAGAAGCCAAGAAUUAUUGUUGUCAUUUGGGGCUUAAAUGGACAAACUACACUGACUGUCUUAUGCAGUGAACUUUUCCAGUAUGUGCGGCGCUCACCUUUUGAAACGUAGAACCUGGACAGUCUUGUCAUCUUU